AUGGCUCCUGCGCGUCGAGCUCGCUUACCCACCGAUUCCGACAACGAGUCCGAUCCGGAGACUGAGCAAGAAACACCGAGACCACAGAGGUCUGGUAUCAGGAAACGGCUCAGCGAGGUGUAUAACCCUGAUAACGAUGCCAGUUUUGUCCAAGACGCGGCGGGUGCGCGUGUACCCCUGAGAUCUGUCAAUAUUAACGACGACGCUGCGGAGAAACGGAGGAGGAGGAAGAGUACCAAGAUUACGGUUGUGGAGAACGCCACGGCUGGGCCGUCGUCGGAGGGUACUGCUGCGAAUGAUGCGCCAGAGGGUUCGAGGGCGGCAAAGCAGAAACAGCAGCUCAAUUCCGUGGAUCCUACAUCGCUGCUCAACCUCCCUCGGGAAAUUAUGAGCUCCAACUUUGAGGAAUGGAUGAAAAUGGCAACCGAUAACAAAAUUAACGCCGCCAAUUCAUGGAACACGGCUCUGAUUGAUUAUUUCCAUGACAUGUCAUUGUUGAGGAACACAGACGAUAACUCUAUCAACUUUCAACGCGCGUCGUGUACGCUCGACGGGUGUGUCAAGAUCUGGACAAGCCGCGUGGACAGCGUCGGUACCGAGACGGACCCUUCCCAGCCAAAGAAGAAGAAAAAGACGCAGAGGCCUGGGGCCACUUUGGCUAAAGAUGCCGAGCAACUGAGGAAUAAAAAACCAGAUCUCGAGUUCAGCGUUGACCCGCUGUUUAAAAAGACCUGUGCCGAUUUUGACGAGGGAGGCGCUCAUGGGCUGUUGAUGAAUCAUUUGAGCUUGGGACUAGGUGGUGAUGGAGGCAUGCGGGUCAUUUUUGACGCGAGUGAUUCAGUAUUCAAAGUCGAGGAAGGAGAUAACAUGGAUGAACCCGAAGACGAAGUAGACCUCAGUUACUUGCGCAAGGAAUUCAUGCCAGACCUAUCUGUUCUAGAGGAUAAAGCCAUCUCACAUUCCCUAGCAGACUUUUCCUUCGCCAAAGACGCCUUUACUUUCGAUGAUACCACCUUCUUCCAAGACAACCCCCGGGACGAUGAUGAUGACGAUGACGACAAUGCAGGCGGGAAUGGUGACUUCCAAAUGGACGUCGACGGCGGUGGUGGUGCCCCCGUCGAGGAUUUCUUCAGCGGAGCCGACGCCAUUGGUGGGGAAGAUUACGGCGGAGGCGGCGAUAUGGGUGGCGAAGACUUUGGAGGGGAUCAACACUCCAAUGGCUCCGUAGGUCCUGGGGGAGACGGUGAGGGAGGCCAGCCAGGGCCUUUCGUGCCCUUUGAUCCUCGCAGGUUACCGAACGAGCGCGAUUUGGUUCUGGCGAUGACUGGCGCGGACGGAGAGAGCGGUGCUCUCGAUUACUUUGACCAAAACUUGCUCAAGAACUGGGCUGGCCCCGAACAUUGGAAAUUGAGAAAAGUCAUUCGCCGACCUGACGCAGAAGGAACUGCUGCAACGAAAGCGACCAAAACGCGCCAAAAGAAGGAAGUCGCCAAAAUCGACUUUCUCACUCCCCCUGUGAAAGAUCUCAAGGAGAUUAGCAAGGAGCUCUUCGCUCCUGUGACAGGUAAAGGUGCCGGGAUUAACUUACCUGGUACGGGCCCUGGAGCAAGGAAGAGUAAGAAGAAAAAGGAAAAGAAGGACGAACAUCGGUUACCCGAUGAUAUGCACUUCUCAAGUCGGCAGCUUGUCACGUUGUUUUUGAAGCCUAAAUUCUUCUUGAAAAUGCGUGGAAGGAAAGCCAAGUUGAACGAGAAUGGCGAUGGGGAGGUCGAUGAGAAUUUCUGGGCACAGGCUGCUGCGGGUCAAGCUGCCGCUGAUGAUGACCAUGAUGGGGAUGAAACUGGAGGUGCUGUCCCAUUCAACACUCAGUUUUUCCAAGACGACUACGACGAUGGGCCCGGCUUCGACGACGGCUUUGAUGGCGUUGGCGUGCCGGACACAGAUGCAGGCGAACAGGACCUGCUUGCUGCUACUCAGGGCCAAACUCGCCGUGUCCGUCCGGAGGCCGUUAAUUACGCGAAGAGGGCGAAGCGUGUGGAUGUUAGGAAAUUGAAGGAGAAUAUAUGGAAGGGUUUGGAUAUUGUGAUUGCGAAGACAAAGUUGGAUGAUGACAAGGAAGAAGACGAGAGCAUGGACGUAGACGAGGCUCCUGGCCCACAACCAACAAACCCGAACGAAUCUCGACAGUUCAGCCAGGUCAUAUCGGGGUUACAAAAGUCGUACCCGAAGGACAAGAUGGAAGAGAUCAGCACGAGUUUCUGUUUUAUCUGCUUACUGCAUUUGGCGAACGAGCAGGGACUAAAACUCGAGUCGGACGCAGAUAGGGUGCCGCAGGAUACAAUUAUCCCGGAUGACGACGAGGAUGAGGGUAUGGACGGGCAGGCGCCUGAGGGGGAUAAGAAGAUUGGAAAUAUUUGGGACAUCAAGACCCAUAUGCAACACAAGCGUGUUAAGCGCACGUUAAGUUAUACUACUGUUAAAUUAUCUUAUGUUCCCCCCUAUUCUUUUCUAUCCACUAUCUCUCCUCCCCAUUGCUGUACCCCGUGUGCUUUGUCGGAUUUUUUGUGUAUGGUCAUCCAUCUCGCGUCGGUUAUCAGAUACAAUCCAGCUAUCCCGCUUAAGCAUCGCAACUGUUGUAUAAUCACCAUCCAUCUUCGUCAAUGUAGCUUUUCUUGUUUAUAUUGCACACAUUUCUCCUCACACGAAUAAACGCAUAAAUGUGCAUAGGGCAUAUGGGUGUAUAUGGUUUACAUAGUACAGAGAGGCGGUAGUGAUACAGUUGGAACUGAGCUAACGAUACAGUAAAAUCAAAUCCUAAAGCUACAAGUGGUUGUCAGAAGCCAAGUUGUGUGUGCGGGUAUAAGCUGGUGCAAGUCGUGGAUAUGGCAGGUAAUCAUGGCGAAGUAUACACCUAUCGAAGGUGCAGUAUGUGAGAGGACCCAAAGCGAAUCAAUGUUUAGAAAUCCACGAAUUCCAAAGACUCUCGUAUCGCUUCUGGUACCGAGAGCUGAUCUCGACAAACUCGGAGAACGCUUGUUUGGGCAGCUCGAGCAAGCCCUGCGAGGGGACGUGAGUGGAUGGGAAGACGGUGAGGACGUCAGAGGACGCGAUGCGCGCUUUUGGGACGUCUGAGGCGAGGAAGACACCGUCGCCGAAGAGGGAGAAGGUGUUGACGUCUAAGUAUUUGUCGCAUUUUGUGUGGGAGCGGGUAGCUUGGACGACCAUGACUUGACGCUUGACGAUGGCAAUUGCGAGGGUUCCGUUGGUCAACAUGAUGGUGGUAGGGAUGAUCGUUAUAAAAUGUGGUAUAGAUUGGCUCGCGCAAGGAUCGCGUAGGAUGUGG